UAUAGUCCUCUUUUGACUUUCAACAUUUUCAACAUGCAAAAGAUUGUCAUUUUCUUCGCUGCUAUCGCUGUUUCCCAAGCUUUCCUUCUCCCAUCCGGAGGAGGAGGAGGAUGUGGAUGCGCUCCACCACCACCACCACCACCAUGCGGAUGCGGAGGACCAUCUCUUCCACCACUCCAACUUCCACGCUUUGAGCUCCCAAGACUCUCUCUUCCAUCCUUCGGAGGAGGUGGUUGCGGAGGACCAGCUCCAUGCGGAGGAGCCGCCCCAGCCUACGUUGCCCCACCACCAGCUGCCGGAUACGCCGCUCCACCACCAGCCGGAGGAUACGCUACCGCUGGACGCAAGUAAACAGUGUGAACAAGACGAAUAGGAAUUAUUUACUGCAUUUUUCGAACUUAUUUUAAUAUUUACGUCACUUGUGUGUUUGUACAUCUAUGACAAUUUCACCUCUCAUCAUUCCAAUCGUUCUCAAAUUUUGUCACCUGUUCAGCAAUUUCAUACCAAAUAAAUGGUUUUUUCUCUAAA